AUUUAAACUCAUAUUUGGAAAAAAUUAGCGAAUCUGGGCCGGGCAGGCCUACAUUUACUCACAGUCACCGGUGGCUCCAGCAAAACCCCUAGGGUUUUACAGUCAGCCAUCUCCUUCCGCCUUCUUUCUCCUCCAAAUUCAAAACUCAAUUCAAUCCCUCUUUCUUGCUUUCUGUAAAUAUAUCUAUUGCGUCCUAGUUCUAAUUGACAAUGGAAGAAGUGAAGAACGGAGAAAAGCUAACGCUAGUGACACGGAAGCCCUGUUUCGGACUACCCACCGCAUGCCCGACUUGUUUACCCGUUUAUAUUUAUCUCAGAUUCGCUCAACUCCCUUUUGAUGUUGAAUACAAUCUCAUCUAUCCUGAUUCUGAUCAAAUACCUUACGUUGAAUUCGGUAGUCACGUGGUCUAUAACAAUGAAAAAGGUGGAGUUAUCCAGAGUUUAAAGGAUGAGCAAACUGUUGAUUUGGACUCCGAUGUCUCUGGUAUCCCUGAAUGGGUAUCAACAAAAGCAAUGGUGGAAUCAUGGCUUGCUGAAGCUGUCAUGUAUGAGCUUUGGGUCGGGUCUGAUGGAAGUUCAGCACAGAAGAUAUAUUAUUCUGAUCUCCCGUGGCCUAUAGGAAAGUGUUUAUACUUUAAGCAAAUUCAUAUGGUGAAACAACUACUCGGAAUAACUAAAGGGAAUGCUGAGAGAAGGGAAGAGGAGAUCUAUAGGAGAGCUGCGACUGCUUAUAAUGCUUUGUCAACUAGGUUAGGUGAACAAUCUUUUUUCUUUGAGAACAGGCCUACAAGUCUGGAUGCCAUAUUUCUUGGUCAUGCGCUUUUCACACUUCAUGCGUUACCUGAGACGUCAGUACUGCGAAGUAAGCUUUUGGAUCAUGCUAAUCUUGUUAGAUAUGCAGAAAAUCUUAAAGCGGAGUUUGUAGAUGCUGAUUCUUCUUCAUCUUCUGUCUCGCCAUCUCGGUCUGAUCCCUCCUCCUCAAUGCCUAAGAGAGGUCCUUCAAAUUGGAGCAAGUCUUAGGUCUCUUGCUUGUGUGUAGUUUUUCCUUGGUUUAUCUGCAAUGAAUCGAAUCCUAAGAGUAAACCUAAGAGGGAAAAGACAGAGGAAGAGAAGAAAUUCAAGAGGAGAGCAAAAUAUUUUUUGGUAACCCAACUUGUUGCAGUAUUGGUCUUUAUCUCCCUUCUUGGUGGGUCUAAUGAUGCUGAAGUAGAGUUUGAGGAUGGUGAUGAUGGCUUGGAUUAUGAGUAAAUGAAAUGUUUUUUCUCCAUUGAGAAUGAUUUUUUGACCUUAGAUUUAGGUAGUUGCAAGUUGCAGCAUGUAAUUUUAGCAAGCAUAUUUCCUGAUCUCUACCUUUGUUUUGAUUAAAAUUUUGGAAAUAUUCUUGUGUAAUGACAAAUAAAUGAUGUACUAUUCUUGACGAAAUUUGGUUCACAAAUGAUAGAAAAGAUGCUGCCAGCUCUUUCUUUCAACUUGGUA